UCGUAGCAGCCGGAUUGGGCAAGUUUGGCAGCGACACCUUUGCCACUGCGCUCGCACCAGCACGUCGGGCGUUCUCGUGUCGUGGAUGGCACCGCACUGCAUGCAUUGCCCUCUCGUCUCUUUAGCACCUAAAUGCCCCACGCUAGACGGAUCAGUGGAGAAUGACGCCUCCUGUUUUUUCCCAGAGCGGAAAUUGAAGCCCCAGCGUUGAUCCCUCAUCCCAUCGGCAGAUCCUCAUCGUCCCACCAGCAUUGUCGGUGUUGCAGGGUAAAACAUCACAUACCGCCUGCUACCACAGUACACCACGCGACGCCUCGCCACGCAGCUCUACCGCCUCUAUGUCGCUACAAAGCUUGAAGAACAAGACCCGCAAAGAGGUUGCUGCACGUCUCAGGGCCCUCGACGUGGCCCAGGUGACAGCCCAGUCGGCCGCCACCGCCGCCGCACUGGCCCGCUUCCCGCCCUUCCAGAGCGCCCGCUCCGUCGGCGUGUACAUGCACCUGCCGGAAAACGAGCUUCACACCGACGCCAUCCUCGACAGCUGCUUCCGCACGGGCAAGACGGUCUUCCUUCCACGGAUCGAGCAGCUGCACGUCUUCGACGAGCAGCCGGCGUUCCCCGGCCAGAAGUCGUGUCUCCACUUCCUCUCGGUGCAGUCUAGAGCCGAGGCAGACGCCCUGCCUCCGCGGGGCAAGUACCAAAUCCGGGAGCCAGACUACGCCCCGGACCGGAGUAACGACCUCCUCGCAGGCAGCGACCCGCUUGACCUGCUUCUCUUGCCCGGCGUGGCGUUCACCGCCACGGGGCGGCGACUCGGCCACGGCGCAGGCUUCUAUGACGACUUCAUCAAGCGGUACCGGGCCAAACACGGGACCGUCCCGCUUCUCGUCGGAAUCGGCCUCCCAGACCAGCUCGUCAAGGACCCGUCCAGCCUCCAGCUGGAGCCCCACGAUGAGCCCCUCGACUACGUCAUUCUUGGCGGGUCCGUCUUCUCUGCCGCAAGCUCGUUGCCCGAGAUCUGACCUCCUUUUCUAUUGGCAUCAACCAUCAGCCCCAGGGCUGAUCCUGCCACCCCUUCCUGUAAACUUAUCUUCAUCAACCCGGCGUCGCGUCGAUCAGCACCAAAAGUCCCCCCUCGGCCAUGCCCUUUUCUCGCUC